AUGCUUUCCACGCUCGCUGUCGCCGGCCUCGUAGGCCUUGCUGCUGCGGCGCCACAAUACGGAAGUGGAGGAGGAUGGCCAUUCAAGUUCCCGCUCUCGAAUGGGUUUCCCCAUCUCUCGCCCGAUGCACUGAAGGCUGUCCAGCAGCAGGCUCACGGAACUCUACCAAAUGGCCAACUUCCAUCCAGCAUUGAGGAUGCAAGCGCCGCCACCUUCCAGCUGAUUGCGUUCAACGAGCUCUUUGAGGUCGCCUUCUUCACCUCCCUCAUCAAUAACAUCACCUCUGGUGUCUACGAUGUCGGCCAUGGCGCCGCCAAGCAAAUCAUCCUCAACGCCCUCACCGCUGUCCAGGCUCAAGAAGAGCUUCACGCUACCGGAGCUAACGGCAUUCUCGCUGCUGCUGGCCGCACGCAGAUUCAGCCAUGCGAGUACGUCUUCCCGUCGUCUAACUUCGACGACGCCAUCGCCUUCGCUUCCACUUUCACCGAUGUCGUCCUUGGUACGCUCCAAGACGCUCAGAACAACUUCGGACAAGAUGGCGACACAGGCUUCAUACCUCUCAUCGGCUCCGUCAUCGGCCAGGAAGGUGAGCAAAAUGGUUUCUACCGCGUUCUCGGCGGCAAGAUUCCCUCCCAGCUCCCAUUCCUGACUCGCUCUGCUGGAGCAUUCGCUUUCUCUGCCCUCAACCAGAUGGUCAUCGUGCCAGGCUCCUGCCCUAACAGCAACGUCAUCCCGCUUCCAAUCUUCCGCGCUCUCUCAGUCGACACCCAGAACAUCCAGGCCAAGGAUCAGACUCUUUCCUUCGGCUUCAAGGCUAACGGCACUGCACCACACGACUUCAGCCUCAUCUACAUUAACCAGCAGAACGUCCCCGUCGUUCAGCAGCCAAAGAACAUCAAGGUCUCCGGCGACAAGGUCUCCUUCCAAGCCGACUUCCCGUUCUCUGCGAACCUCAUGAACGGUCUCACCAUCUCUGCUGUCACCAAGACCGCCGGUCCUUUCGCUGAUGCUCCUGCUGUCGCUGCCGAUACUCUGUUCGGCCCAGGUCUCAUUGAGAUCAACUAG